GGCGGCGGGUGGCUUGUCGUCCGUUCAGGGGGCUACAUGGAAUUAUAACUAUAAGUGCGUGCUACUGCGGAUAGAUUGGCAGUGCUGUCAGAGGCAGACCUGUGAGCUUAGGUAUUCUUGCAAAGUCAUCUUGAAGAGUCUCACAGUCAAUAUUGAACAGACGAGAGCAGCAUGCAGCUCCUCACGAGCCUUUUGCUUGCGGCUACGGCCGUCCAAGCCCAUUACACAUUCCCGAGACUUGUAGUCAACGGAAAGCCCGAGGAGAAGGACUGGUCCGUCACGCGCAUGACCAAGAACGCGCAGAGCAAGCAGGGGAUCGAGAACCCAACCAGCCCGGACAUCCGCUGCUACUCGUCCCAGAAUGCGCCCAACAUAGCCACCGUUCCGGCCGGAUCAACCAUCCACUACAUCUCAACCCAGCAGAUCAACCACCCGGGGCCGACCCAGUAUUAUCUCGCCAAGGUGCCCGCCGGGGCGUCGGCCAAGACGUGGGACGGCUCGGGCGCCGUCUGGUUCAAGAUCGCGACGGGGAAGCCCACCAUCGACCAGAACAAGCAGCAGAUGUGGCCUGGACAGAACACAUACCAGACCGUCAACACCACCAUCCCCGCCAGCACCCCUUCGGGCCAAUACCUCCUGCGAGUCGAGCAGAUUGCGCUGCACAUGGCCAUGCAGCCAAACAAGGCCCAGUUCUAUCUUGCAUGCUCGCAGAUUGAGAUCACAGGGGGCGGCAAUGGCACGCCGGGCCCGCUGGUUGCCCUCCCGGGCGCCUACAAGAGCAACGACCCGGGCAUCCUGGUCAACAUCAACGCCAUGCAGCCGGAUGCGUAUCAACCGCCUGGCCCGGCUGUGUGGAGGGGAUGAAAUGGUCCGGGGCUCGGGGAGCUGUAGCUUAGGAUCCCGAUGUACCUCGGUAACUUACACACCCCCUGAUGUAAAUAUCUCGAGUACACAACCUUCCAAAUCACUAGUAGGACUUGUAUUUCUCAGAUACCUAGCCAUCUCAAAACUUUUACUGCAAUACGUGCGAGUUUCCAU